CAGAAAUCGUCUGCACGUUCUUUUUAAAUAAACUUUACAACUUUAAACUUUAGUAUAAUUUAGAGUAGGCAGCCACAGUGCAUUGGAAGCUGGUGUUAACAAUUCUUUUUAAACGUCAUUCAUUUCAAAUAUUGAAAUAAAGCUGAAAGCAGGUGUCGCCUCGGUGCUGUAUUGUCUGUGGGUGAGGUUUAGGGUUUGUGAUUUUGUCGUCAUUAGGCAACUGGGUUUCAGCAUAUUAUUGUAACUUAAAUAUAUAUUUUUUUCAGAAAUACUUUUCUCUACUGUAUUUAUCUACGAGUGCAAUAACGUAUUAUUAUUAUUAUUAUUAUUAUUAUUAUUAUUAUUAUAGCCUGUGCGUUUUGUUGUGUUUUUGUAUUCUUUAUUAUUUUACAAUACCAACAAAUCUCGCUAGCUGUGUGGACUCCUGUUGAUAGGAAAGUACAUUACACUGCAGUGUGACAAAUAACGACUGUAUGUGUAUUCAGUGAUGUGCAUUUCACUAGCUUUAGUAUACCAAAGAUUACUGUAACGUGUUUAACUCCAGUCAAUUGAACAGCUGUGCUCUGUUUUGCGGGCAUAAUGAAUUACCACACUGUGGUAUACGAUGUGAUAAAGGAUUUCUGGUUCUGCUCAUUUAUUGUAUUUUUUAGCCUGACUGUAAACUCCGCGUGCCAUGCACUCCAGGGCUUAUUUACUAUUGGAGAGAGAUUAUCUACAGCUUCAGAAAGCUAAUCUUUUUGGCAUUUCUGCAGCACCAGUCAGUGACAACCUGCUGGAAUGGGUAGCCAGAGUCCAGGGUCUGAAGGAUUCUCUAUGGGAAGGGGGCGUGGUUCAGCUGUAUCUGCGAUACAGUGAGGGUUACAACUGUGUCCCACCAACCGUUGUAUUCAACACUAUCCCGUUCCAUCCAAACGUGGAUAAAGACUCGGGAAGACCAUGUAUCGACUUCCUUGACAGUAAAGAGGCUUGGAACCCCAGACUGUCCCUCACUAGUAUUCUACUCACAGUACAGGUAAUGCUGUCUAACCCCGUCCUGGAAAAUGCUGUAAAUACCGAGGCUGCAGAAAUGCUAAGGACGGAGCCAUCAAUAUUCAGACAAGUGGUGUUAGACUGUGUCAGCAAUAGCCUGCAGAUCCAGAGUGGAACCAGCAUCUCCGAGGACCACAUUGCAGCCUCUCAGUCACCAGAGAUCCCAUCAGCAGGACCUAGCCCAGAGCACUGUAGAACUGUCAAGAGAGUAUGUUUUGAAGAGUAUUUGAAAACCUGGUCUGGAAUUGCCACAUCAAAGGCAACACAACAUGUAACAAAUCCAUUGCUGGAGGAGUUAGUGUUGCAACCUGCUCUGCAUGCAAUGCAUUAUGGUUUGCAAGGAACAGGACUCGCAGAGGAAGCAAAUGCACAAAAUGAAGCGUACAGUGCCAUCAUGUACGGACCAUGUGUUAAACCAAAAAAAAAACAUGUUACAAUAGAUGAAAAACUGGCAAAAAUCAACAAAAUGAAAAGGAUUUAUCUGCCAAGUAGAACACCAGAGGCCAGCACUCCGCUGCAGACAGAAUGGACAGGAAGACUGUCCUCCCGUGACCCUCACCACAGCAGCGGACACAAAGAGGAGCUCUGGGAGAUGGAGGUGGACAAUCUGGUUGCCUGGACCAACUCUCUCCACUUGGAAGAGUUAGAGGAAGAUUGACAACAAAAGAUAUCAAAUAAAAACGUUGCAGUGAUCGUGUUGAACAUGAGGACCAUGUGAAAUAACAAAUGUCUGAGUUUUGUUGUUCUGAAUAUCAAGGACCAUGGUCUAAUGACUCAAGAUGCCCACAUACAGUAGUAUGGUGCACACAGAGGUAUUGUGGCCUCCUGUCCACCUCCAACUCCUCUGGUUUCACUCAGUCUGAAGCACAGAAGGAGCACCCUGAAGCCAGUGCUAAACCCCACAGCCUGAGGCAUUUAUAACAAUUCGAAUGUUCUCACUACUUACUCAGGCUGCUUCCUGUGUAUUAUAUAUUGUUUCAAAUGACGUUUCUUUGUUGACUGAAUUGUGACGUCUUUACUUCCUGAUGUGGGACUUGAAGACAAUAGAUCAGGAUGCACCACUUAGGGAAAAAUACAGGAAAAACAGAAACUUUGGCACCAGUAACUUGUCAGUGUUUAAACCAUUAAAAAGUAAAUCUGAAAAGUUCAGUGACGGGUGUCCCAUAUUGUCUCAAGACAAGCCUUUCAGAUAGCACAAGGAUAACCUUAUUUACCUUAAGGACAAUACACAAAUGUGGAUCAAAUCAGAUGAGGAACAUACUGUAUAAGGAGAUACAUUCUUAGAAUGAUAAUAGAGGGGUCUAAAUACCAAUGUAUUAAUCCUUGUUUAUUGAAAGCCACUUUCCACUGUAUUUUCACUUUUGUUGUUUUUUUAAUUACAAACACUGUGGUCUCAAACAAGAUGUAAAGACACAUUCCAGUCUAAAGAAAUCAGGUUCUUCGAGUGGAAAGAAUGUACUGGCUUAUUUGAGACGUUAGAUAACAGACCUUUCACUUCAGGUGAGAUAGAAGAGUUGGCUCUUUGAAGCCAACCAUUUCCAGGACUUGUGAUGUGAUACUGUAGGCUACACCUUCAGAUGUGAUACUGUAGGCUACACCUUCAGAUGUGAUACUGUAGGCUACACCUUCAGA